CAGCGAAGUCGCCCGAACCGGCAACCGCGCUCUGUGAGGCUCGAGGCGUCGUCGAUCCGCCGUGACGUCAUCCCAAAUCCGGCACUGAGACACUCGUCGGUCAGCUCAGGACGGUUGGCCGGGUCUGCGCCGGGGACGCGCUACAGAACUGGAAACCGACCGCUGAUUGUUGUCUUUUGAGCCGGUCUGUGAACGCCACUCUGACAGGAUUGCUGAGGGUAUAUAUAUUUCCUUGACGUCUGCGUUCUUGUCUGCUUGGAUAUAGACCAGGAUUAAUACACCUACCGCUACAAACACCGACUACACAACUCAUCACAGACACCAUCGAUGGCAGACGACGAUCCCACGAAAUUCAACGCCGAGCAGCGCCUGGACUACGAGCGACGAAUGAAGAUAGCCGGCGCGGUCAAGGGCCUCGUCGGCGGCGCGGCCCUCGGACUCGGCGCGAACCUGUUUGCAAAGAAAAAGUUCCCGCUGGCGUUCAAGUCGCCUACGAUCCGGGUCGCGCUGCUUGUCAUUCCGACCGUGGGGUUGGCGAAGGUCGGUAUGGAGCAGGAGUAUCACCACGCGAUGCUCAGAGAACGCGGCGUGUAUCAGAUCCAGGAGAAGGAGAAGGCGUUGACUACUGGCGUUGAUUAUCAUCAACUGUCGACCACGGGUAGGAUACUUGCGUUCAGCAAGGAGAAUAAGCUGUCGCUUCUGUUGAGUGCCUGGGCGGGAUCAAUGGGACUGGCGUGGUAUAUGAUUUCGCGGGACAAGCUAUUGACCGGAUCGCAGAAGAUCGUGCAGGCAAGAAUGUACGCGCAAUUCCUCGCACUGGGACUGAUCGUGGCCACGGCAGCGGUGAGUAUCGGCGACUCGAGCGAGCCGGCGUACAUCCCUGAUCCGAACGACAAGACGCACCAUCACCUGAUUCACAAUCCGAAGAAUAAGAGUCAUCAGAGUGGAGUUGAGAGUCAUUGGAAGAUGAUAAUAGAGGAGGAAGAGGAGGCUCGCAAGAACGAAUGAGGGGAAGUUAGUGUCAGACGACGAGUAUUGAUGAUCAGAGAGGCGAUAUAAUUGGAAUUAAAUACAAGAGUCCUGCAGGACAGGUCGCGUGAAAGAGCAGCUUGUAAUGAACAUUGAGUAUAAUAAUAAAACAAAGUAUUUAGUUAUAUGAUAAAAAGACAAGUCUGCUUAGGCAUCUAAUAAUCCAAUUGUCUACCACAGAGGUCGUAAUUGAUAAG